AUGGCUUUAAUUGACAGUGAGGCUUCGCUCAAACAAAGGUGCCUGCCCGUGGAGGGGGAUGACUCCCUUUUCGAGUCUCUAAAGGACAAUGGAGUGAAGACGCUGCGUCAGUUGGCAUUUGCACUGGGGAGCCCACAAACUCCACCGUCCGAUGAUUCUCUGAAGGACCUUGCGGCUAAGGUUUACAAGUGUGCCGAGGGUACUCAGCCUACGAUCGGACAAAUUGCAAAUGUUCGCAUGCUUAUCUUCGAGGCCUCUACACUUGUAGUGGCACAGUUGCGAGCACAGGCGACGGCGGAUGAUUCCGAUCUUGCAGGUCGCAAGCUGCCGCAUGUUGAAAAGCAAGCGCGUUUGACUUCGCAGAAGGCCCGACUUCCCGGGCUGCUGAUAGAGGGAGAGCUGCAGCCCAGCUACGCGCUGGUAGAUGCUUGUGCCCUGAUGUCAGAGUCGAACAGCAUUACUUGGAUCAGCCCCUCGCGUUGCACUAAGCGUGAUGCUGAGGUGCAACAGCUAGGGAAAGAGAAAACCUCGUUGGGACAAAUUGAGGCAGGCACCUUGAAGGUCAGUUCGAGCAGCAAGUUGCCUGAUGCUGAUACAACCACUGCCUUGCAGCUUCUGUAUUGCUUCCAGAGGCGAGGGUUGGCAUUAGAUCAGUGCAGCCUCAUCGGCUGGUCGGACCAUGAGUGGUACGUACAGAGCCUUAUGUCCUAUCUUCAUGGAGAGCCGGUGUCAGGAGCCAGGCCCGCGAUCGCCCAGGUCAUUCGGGCAGACCGGGAGGCUUGGACACUGAUGAGCCGUGAGAUCGAGGGACCAAUUGGGGUGAAGGAUGCGGCUGGCGAGCUGGUGAUGGCGGCUGCUUUGAGGCGGUUGGCCAAAGACCCUCGCGUAGUCGUUCAUCUUGUUACGGCACCGCAGCCGCAGAAAGUCGCUCCACCGCCUUCCAUCCCUACCGACUCGGCUGCUGCCGCAGCUUUGGCUGAGAAGGCUACCAAGAAGAAGAAGCGCAAGCGUCUUACCGGCCUUGUACCGGAGUCUUUGAAGGGAUGUGUCACCAAGAUCAAGGUUGAGGAGACUCCCGCUGCCUCGAGUGAAGCUUCGCGAGCCUCGAGUGAUGUGGAGUCUCUUGCCGCGUCAAUUUUGCAAAUGCCUGCUCCUUUCGAUAAAUCUUCGCUGUCGCAGCUGAUUGAGCUGCUGCCGAUGCAAAGCCCUCCACGGGGGAGUGUUGGACGCUCCUUCGCUGCCGGGGCGUAUGCAAAAGGGGGUCUGUAUGGCCUUCACUCAAAUACCAAGCUUUUUCCAAAUGUGUGCGCUGUCUUUGCGGCGCAAAUCCGGAGUUUGGCUCCGGGCGAGUGCUUUACAAGCUUUAUUAUUCUAGAUGACUGUUCCGCCGAGGUACAUCGCGAUUCCAACAACGACGACUCCCACUGCAACAUCCUGCUGAAGUUGUCCGAGUUUCAGGGCGGGGCCGUUUGGGUAGAAGGUGAUGGUGACAUUGAGGUGACUGAUCCAAAGGGACGCGUCUUGAAGGGUCAUGAGUUGUCUUGGGAAAACAACAAAAUCACUUUGGAUGCGAGGAACUUGUAUCAUGCUACACUCCCCUGGACGGGGCGACGACUAGUGCUGGUAGGAUACAACGUCAGGGACUUCCAAAGACUGCCGUGUGACGAUCGCCAGAGGCUGAUUGACAUCGGCUUUCAGUGUCUACCACUUGACUUGGGCAACGACUUGGAGAGCUUCCAAAAACUUGUCGAGGCCGAGAAAAAGCGACUCGCUCUUGUCUGGUGCGAGCUGCCGUCUCAACCGUGCUCCUCUUGGGCUGCAAAUCUUUGCGCCUUGGGUGAGCUUGCCGCCAGUCUUGAAAUUCCCUUUGUCAUAGCGGGUUCUCCAAAAUCGCAAUUUUGGGAUGAUCCAUUCGUCCUUCAGCUGAUUCAAAGUUUCCCUUUGCAGUUGCACCGAUGUGACCUGUGUUGUCAUGGUGACGGCCGCCCUCGGCCUUACCAAAUGGCCACUGCACAAGGGGAUUGGUCAGCCUUGGCCCUCAAGUGCUCGGGCUUGCAUUCACACGCACCGUGGGUGCCGCGAAAGACUGGCGAUCCGCCUCCAGGUUUGCCCAGUCUUUUCUGUCAACGUGUCAUCGCCAAAGCCAAAGCUGCCCUUCUCCAGUCAGGAGUUCGUGAGUUUGGCACGGUUUCUCAAACUCGAGAGUCCGAUUCCACCUUCGAUGGCAGGUUGGCGUUGAACGCCUUGCCGCGCGGCCGACGCAACCCUGCUUUAGUGCAAGAGUUUGUAUCCUUCAAGUUCGUGGCUGUGCCUGCUGACCCGCCGUCGGCCGAUGAAUCUUUACUUGCUGGACUGCCUAAAGGAGCUCGGGUCUUGUCUCGCCUGACCUUUGAUGGGGGCUACGAAGAGGCUUGUAAGACCUUGAGCAUAUCCUCCGGUGAAGUUUCCAUUGCAGAUGGCAAAUCAGAACUGCUUGAAGGUGAGUUGAUUAGAAUUGGCCUGCCUUCCGAACCCGAAGCCUUCGUGCAAAGAGCAGUGCAAGCCGGCCACCCUAGGGACGGAAGUGCACAUGUCUCGAAGCUUGUCGUAAAUGCAAUCAAAGCGAACUUCAGCGACCCGCCGGCGCAAACUGUCACCUCUCGUGCUGCUGCUCUUAAACAUUGGACUGCACGAGCCAAGCAAUUAGAGCAGAAAGAGGAGGAGUUACACCGGAGUUUGCCGGAGCACCUUCGUUUUCUGCUGGAGGGCAAACGGUUGCUCUUGUGGCAGGAAAUGCACGAAGCAGCUGGAUCUCCAGAUGACCAGCUAAUCACCCACAUGUGUGAUGGAUUUAAGUUGUCUGGUUGGUUAUCGCAGGGAGGGCUUUUCCCUCCGAAGGUUAGGCCACCCUCCUUUUCGGUUUCCACACUUAGUUGCUUAGCAAAAGGUCUGAAUCAGUCGACGAUUGCGAAAAUGCGUGUCCGGCAGGAUGAAGACUUGGAAAAGGCAACUUGGCAGGAAACUGAGAAGGAACUGCAAAAGGGUUGGAUUUUUGCUGACACAAAAAGUUGCAUAGAGCUUUGCGCUCUGGCCCGCAGAUUUGGAAUCAGACAGCUUGACAAAGUGCGUGUCAUAGACGAUGCCAGCAUUUGUGGCAUCAACGCUACCGUUGGCUUGAAGUAUGGUUUCCAAAUGCAUUCCAUUGAUAGAUAUGCUGCGUGGAUCUCCAAGGCGCUACGCAUCAAUGAGGGCAGACUGCCUGCCUGCAAAGGUCGUGUAUACGACCUUAAGAGUGCGUACAAACAGUUUGGAAUCCAUCCUACAGACAGGGAGCUUUUCAGAUUUGCAGUUAACAAACCAGAAGAGGCGGAGCCCAUGAUUAUGGGAGCAAACUCCUUACCGUUCGGUGCGGUGGGAAGUGUUGCUGCUUUCCUCCGUAUCUCGUUGAGAAUCUGGCUGAUAGGAGUGAGGCUGUUCAGUAUCUUCUGGACCGCAUUUUUCGAUGACUACGGAGUCACGACUCGCGAUGAGCUUGUUGCCAACACAGACUCUUGCAUAUGUGCCAUUUUCGAUCUUCUUGGAGUUGAAUUUGCUCGGGAGGGCAAAAAGGCACCACCGUUCUCACGAGACUUUAAACUGCUUGGAGUCAGAGUCGAUUUGAAUGAUGCACCUCGGGGGAUUGUGCGAAUCGGCAACACUGCCGAGCGUCGCGAAGAACUGAACGUGUUCAUCGAAGACAUCUUGCAAGCCAAUUGUCUCGACCUUAAGACCGCUGAAAGGCUCCGCGGCAGGUUGGUGUUUUUCGAGGGGUUUGUUUUCGGGCGAAUGUCGAAUUCGGCCAUCCGAACUGUGGAUCGAGCGGCCAGGGCGGGACUCACCUCGAAGAGGCUGCCCGAGGAUGUUAGAAAGAGCCUCGUUGUCAUUCGCGAGAGGCUGAGGGUGGCUGAGCCUGUGACCAUCGCUACCAAAAACCAUCACUCUUGGCUUAUCUUCACAGAUGGAGCCUGCGAAGGCGAGAAGAAGCUAGGAUCCAUUGGAGGAGUGAUCGUGGGCUUGAGUGGCCAUCCGAUAUCCUUCUUCAGUGAGCAAGUCCCACAGGAUAUCAUGAAGAUCUUGUUGAGCAACUCGCAGAAUCCCAUUUUCGAACUUGAACUUCUGCCGGUCCUAGUUGCCUAUAGGCUCUGGGGCCAGUGGUGCAGAUUUUCUCAAGCCGUUUUUUACUUGGAUAAUGAAGGUGCUCGCCAUUCGAUAAUAGCCGCGGGAGGAGGCGCCGAUCUCGCUCGUGUGAUUAUCGAUGGCAUCCUCUCGAAGGAAACUUCCCUUCAAAUCCACGCAUGGUACGCCCGUGUACCUACGCAUAGCAACAUUGCAGACUCCCCGAGCAGAGGUGAGUACGAAGGUCUCUUGAACAUUGGAUGCUCAAGGCUUCGCGUCGACUGGGAUGCGGUGGCACGGCAGUGUUUUCCAUUGGGGUGA